AUGGGCCGCGCCCCAUCGACCCGCUGCGGUAAUUACCGCCGGUCGGUGUGCAGCCGCGACAUCGCCGACUCCAGCCGCACUGGGUCUCACAGACAGGGAGCCUGCCGCUCUGGCCGCCGCGACAACACUACCGAGGUCACAGUGGCUGACCGCCUGAAGCGGCAUUUGCUGUGGUACGGCGGUAUGAAGAUUGGUAACCGUGUGAAUGAUGUAAGUAAUACAUCGGAGGUGGCAUGCGAUGCCGAGCCACGCUCCGGGCGACCGCUGCAGCAACGGUGUUUUGUUGACGAUUUGGUGGGCGGCGCAAAGCGGGACGCGGGCGGCACGGCGCGGCCCGCCACCGCCCCGGCAGAGGGUGGUGGGGCUUUGCUCGAGCCGGCGCUCGCCCUCGAUGGCGCGGCCGCCGCUUGUCUCGAGCGUGCUUAUGCGCAAGCGGAUGUUUCACUAAAACUUUUACCUAAACGGUAUAUAAACUUACAUCAGUGGUUGUCGCCAGUGACUACAUCGGUCACAGCCGCCGCUGCGGCCGGGAAAGAUCUCAAAUUACAAAUUCAAUUGUUUCGGUCACAGCAAGCGGCGGCAGCCGGUGGACAGGCGGCAGCGGCGCAACUACAGUUGCUACAGCAACAACAGCAGCAACAGUUUCAAAUACAACAACAGUUGGCUGCUCAACAAGCUUUCACUCAAGCGCCGUACGUCAUAAACGCGGGACAAGAAGGCGCGCCAUACGUCAGCGCCCUCAUAGCGGGUGUACCACCAUACUAUGGCGUGGCGGCACCCUGGGGUGUCUACCCAGGCUUAGUCGCCCAACCCGCCCAGCAACAAGCGCAACAGCCGAGAAGGCCGCUGACUCCCCAGCAGGGGGAGCAGCAGGUGAACGGUCAGGGACAAUAUGUGAUACCGUACUAUGACCCCGGUUCGCUAGUGAUGGGUGGGCGCAACGGCACGCCGCUGCGGCUGGUGUCGCCGGGUGGCGUGCUCGCGCCGCGCCAGUACCAGCCCGGGCCCGCGCACCCGGCCGCCAACGCCGCACCGCCCGCCGGGGCGCAGCCGCAACCUCAACAGCCCCAACCUGAAGGUAGAGAGUACGUGAGGGGACUGCGAGUGUGGAGAGCUCGGUCUCGGGAGGCAGUAUGGUUGAGCGGAGUGUGGAGCGCAGAGGUAUGUCGUGUUGCAGGCGCGGGUGGUGCGCGGCGGGACUCGCUGGAGUUCGGCGGCGGCGGGCCGGCGGCGGCGCUGCAGGAGUACGCGCGCAAGUGGGGCCCCUCGCCGCUGUCGCCGCCGCUCGGGGCCGCGCUGGGGCCCGUCGGGCUGCGGCCCGUCUCCGCCGCGCCCGGCGCAGAGACCGCCAAGUACAGCGGGGUGGGCGGGGUGAGCGGCGCUCACGUGGGCGUGGGCGGCGUGAGCGGGGUGGGCGGCGUCGGCGUGCUGGUGGGCGACAAACCAGCCGCCGGCCGCUCGCGCCUGCUCGAGGACUUCCGCAACAACCGCUUCCCCAACCUGCAGCUGCGCGACCUCGCCAACCACAUCGUCGAGUUCUCGCAGGACCAGCACGGCUCUAGAUUUAUACAACAAAAAUUAGAAAGGGCUACAAUACAAGAGAAGCAAAUGGUAUUCAAUGAAAUCAUCGGCGCUGCAUACAGCCUUAUGACAGACGUUUUCGGAAAUUAUGUGAUACAAAAGUUCUUCGAGUUUGGUACAACGGAACAGAAAACAACAUUAGCGCAAAAGGUGCGAGGUCAUGUACUGGCGCUGGCACUCCAGAUGUACGGGUGCCGCGUCAUCCAGAAGGCGCUGGAGUCCAUCCCUGCGGAGCAGCAGCAGGAAGUUGUGCGUGAGCUCGACGGGCAUGUGCUCAAGUGCGUCAAGGACCAGAACGGGAACCACGUGGUGCAGAAAUGCAUAGAGUGCGUGGAGCCCACAGCGCUGCAGUUCAUAAUCAACGCGUUCGCGGGGCAAGUGUACGCGCUGUCCACGCAUCCGUACGGGUGCCGCGUCAUCCAGCGCAUCCUGGAGCACUGCACGCCCGACCAGACUGCACCCGUGCUGGCCGAGCUGCACGCGCACACAGACCAGCUGAUCCAGGACCAGUACGGCAACUACGUGGUGCAGCACGUCCUCGAACACGGCGCGGCGGAGGACCGCGCCCGGCUGGUGGCCGGCGUGCGCGGCAAGGUGUUGCAGCUGUCGCAGCACAAGUUCGCCUCCAACGUGGUCGAGAAUGCUCUCCACGUGAUGAUGAAGGACCAGUACGCUAACUACGUGGUGCAGAAGAUGAUCGACGUGGCGGAGCCGACGCAGCGCAAGGUGCUGAUGCACAAGAUCCGGCCGCACAUCGGCUCGCUGCGCAAGUACACGUACGGCAAGCACAUCAUCGCCAAGCUCGAGAAGUUCUUCAUGAAGGCGCCCGAGCUCGGCCCCAUCGGCCCGCCGCCGCCCAACCCCGUCUUGUAG